AUGGCCAGCGCAGUUUCUUCUACAGAGGCUCAGUACAACGUGAGUAGGGUGGUCCAGCGUGAUUCUAAACCAGCGAUUUGCAGCCAGAAAGCAUCGGUCACAACAAAUUUGAUUGAUGUGACGGAAAAGCUUUCAACCAAAAAUAAUCUUCCAUGCCGCAUCAUGUUCAAGAAUGAGUUUGAACAACCUUCGGGUAGUUUCAAGUUGAGAGGAAUAGGGCAUUUGGUUCAAAGGUCCAUCAUGGAGGCCUUAUCAAUGGGCAAAACGAGAAUGCAUGUUUAUGCAUCAAGCGGUGGCAAUGCUGGGCUUGCUGCCGCUUAUUCUGCUCGUUUCUAUGGCGUUGGGUGCACUGUAGUGGUGCCUGUCAUCGCAAAGAAAUCUGUGGUCGAUAAACUUAGGGAAUAUUCGGCCACUGUCAUUUUGCACGGUCAAUCUAUCAAUGACGCCGAUCAACAUGCACGUUCGUUAAUGGCUCUUCACGACAAGAGCGUUCACACUAUUUAUUGUCAUCCUUUUGACAACCCAUUGAUCUGGGAAGGUCACUCGCAAAUCAUCCAAGAGGUUUUUGACCAACUACCUGAAGCGGAGCACAAAAAUGUUAGAGGAGUGGUUUGCUCGGUUGGUGGAGGAGGAUUGUACAAUGGAUUGAUGUCUGGAUUGAAGUCACAAGGGUCGCUGGCCGAUUGCUUGUUGCUCGAGACCAAGCAAGCGCCAACCCUUACAGCUGCCGUCAACGCGGGGUCUGUGGUGAGGCUUGAUUCAGUUAAAUCACUCGCAACCUCUUUAGCCUGCUCCUAUGUGUCACCCGAGACACUUGCCCUCUACCAAGACCAAACGACCAACAAAUCGUACCUACACACCAUUGACGAUCUCGAAGCCGUCAAAGGUACUGUAUCAUACUAUAAUCAGUUUGGCACAAUCGUAGAGCCAGCUUGUGGUGCAGCACUUUCAGCUGUGUAUAACAGGCUCGAUCUUUUGAAGCAAUCCAUGCCACACCUUCAGAAAAACGACAUAAUAGUUGUGGUGGUAUGUGGCGGGUGGUGUUCCGAUGAGCAAAGUAUGGCCGAGUUCAAGACGAUGCUUAGAAGCAGCCGCUUGUAA